CCCUAAGACAAAAACAGGAAGAAAUCGUGAUUGCUUACUGUGACGGACGCAGCAUACCGGUAUCGAAAGGCGUGCUGUAAGAGCACAGCCAUAAGUUGUCGCUAUAUUAUUUGACCGCUGUGAGCAGCCGGUACAAAACCACACCUUUUGCUUUAGAUUCUGUUGGCAGAGAGUUAAACUUGCUAGUAAACAUGGCUUCAGCCGACGGAAUAGUCGGCCCGAAGCAAAUGGGCGGCAACGAGCCGCAACUCUCUAUGGCUCCUUGUGCCGCAGCCACAUCAUCAACGCGGCCACGUUCUGCCACGAAAUCCUUGCCGCGUUUUGACCCAGGCGUCAUGGAAACAUACCUGGACGACAUGCGCGACAUGAGAGCCCGCGUGAACGAGCUGUUCCGCCAGCACCCGGAGUUGCUUCCUAAUGUAGAGGAAGGCCUGUCUAAAGAGGAGCACCGUGACCUCGUCCGCCGCGCCCUCAAGGUCAUCCUACAGGCCGGCUACAGUCCUCUCGAGAUGCUGGCUCGCGACCCUCGCAAGUACUUCUACCUCGGAGAGUGCCUCUCCAUGGUCGACCUCUCGCUCAUGGUAAAGAGCGGCGUGCAGUACAGUCUGUGGGGCGGGUCGGUGCUCAACCUGGGCAGCGAGGCGCACCGCCGCCGCUACUUUGACGACAUUGCGCAGUUCCGCCUGCCGGGCUGCUUCGCCAUGACGGAGCUCAAGCACGGCAGCAACGUGGCGGCUCUGCAGACGGAGGCGGUGCUUGACGUGCUGAGUGACGAGUGGGUGGUGCACACGCCGGAGGAGGGGGCCAUCAAGUGGUGGAUUGGCAACGCGGCGGAGGACGGGCGCGCGGCUACCGUGUUUGCCAGGCUCAAGGUCCCGGACCCCAACGGAGGCUCCAAGCUGGUAGACCACGGUGUGCACGCCUUUGUGGUGCCGCUGCGCGACCCCAACGGCAACCUGCUGCGAGGCGUGGAGAUCAGGGACUGUGGGUACAAGGUGGGUCUCAACGGUGUUGACAACGGCGCCAUUCGCUUCACGCACGUGCGCAUCCCGCGAGUGAACCUGCUGGACCGCUUCGCCUCGGUGGACAAGAGCGGCCGAUACAGCAGCCCGCUCACCAGUCAGGCCAGGAGGUUUGCUGCCACGCUGGGUGAGCUGACGGGCGGCCGGGUGGGGCUGACGGCGGGCAGCGUGGGCGUGCUCAAGGGUGCUGUCACCAUUGCGGUGCGCUACGCCGCCCUGCGCCAGCAGUUUGGUCCGCCCGACUGUCCCGAGGUCGCCAUCCUGGACUACCAGUCCACGCAGCUGCGGCUGAUGCCGCUGCUGGCCACCUGCUACGGACUGCACUUUGCGCGGGGGCUGCUGGUGGAUAAGUAUGUGGACAUGAAGCGCACGAGGGAGCCCAAGCUGGUGGAGGAGGUUCACGCUCUGUCUGCCGGCCUGAAGGCCUACACCACCGGCUACACCCAGUCGGCGCUGUCCACCUGCCGCGAGGCGUGCGGCGGCCACGGGUACGCGGCGGUGAACCGGCUGGGGGCGCUGCGCUCCGACCACGACAUCUUCCAGACCUUUGAGGGCGACAACACGGUGCUGCUGCAGCAGGUGUCCGCCAUGCUCCUGAAGGAGUACCGCCAGCAGUUCUCGGGCGCCCCGCUGACCGCCAGCUACCACUACCUGCGCUCGGCGCUGCUGGGCGCGCUGCCCAACAACCCGCUGGUGACGCACGACACGGAGCCGCGGCACCUGCGCGACCCCGCAUUCCUGGCCAAGGCGCUCGAGUACAGGACUGCCCGCAUGCUGUUCACGCUGUCGCUGCGGCUGCGCAAGCACGGCCCCAAGCUGGGCUCCUUCCACGCCUGGAACAAGUGCCUGGACCACGUGCUCAGCCUGGCUCGGGCGUACGUGGAGAGCGUCAUCUACAAGACGUUCCUUCGCGCGGUUGCCGGCUGCGUGGACCCCGAGUGCCGCCGCUCGCUGAAGGCCAUGUCGGACCUGUUUGCGCUGCGGCUCAUCGAGGGGGACAUGAUGUUCAGAAACGACGAGUACAUCGCGCCCGCCAAGGCCAAGGCCAUCAGCCGUCUGGUGGUGGCGCUGUGCUCGGAGCUGCGCGGGCAGGCGCUGAACCUGGUGGACGCGUUCGCCAUCCCCGACCACAUCCUGCGCGCCCCCAUCGGGCUGGGCGGCAACGGCGGCGCGGGGCCGCAGCCCGACAUCUACCGCGAGUACCUGGCGGCUGCGGGCUUCGAGGUGUGAGCAGCAGCGCAGGGGCAGGGGUGACGGGGCGGAGGCGGGGGUCCAGGAGAGAUUAUGGUGCCGGGUUUGGGGCUUUACCUAGCUAGGUAGGGAUGCCGGCAAGGAGGUAAUUGAUAGCCGGUGGCGGUCUGUGAUGGAGGAGUGGUGGUGGGGGGGCGGAUUUGCUUGGUGGAGCCGCAAAUGGGCGGAGUGGUGGGUGGAGUAGUCCAGUGGCGGUGUGAAAGAUGCGUUGCGAAAGAUACGAGGAAGGGGCGUGUGCUUGACUGUAAGCGUGGAUGUAACUUAUCCCCGAAAGGCGCUGUUGUACAGUAGUAGCAGUAGUCGUGUGUCGUUGCUGCAAGUGGCGUAUGAAUGCGGAUUGUUUAGUACGCUUUUGUAUUUGUAGAAACGUCUGGUUGGAUGUACGGCCGUGUGUUGAUACUGGGUCGUAAUGCUGUGUCGUAGCUCCCGUCGUACGCCUUAAGUCUUGCAGUGCCCGCAAACCCCUGGGGAAAGCUAACAUGGAGGUUCUGGCCUUCUUGAGCACCUGAUACAUCCAGGACUUCAUAAUCUGCCGCAACUUGCUUGCGAGGCAAUGUGAGGAAGGACUGUUCGGACCCGCGUUUGUGCCAUAUCUUCGGUUGUGCUGUUUGAAUCUCCCGUUCGGAUUGUGCUUGUGCGCUCGUUCUGUAGUAUGCCGCGUGCUCACGUGUCGAUUUCGGUGCACAUUCUUUGGCUCUAGUUAUCGUUGAUGCCUUGCUACGAUUGAACAAGGCAACACGAGUCUUGUUCAACGUUUUACGAUUCUGCUUGCCAUCCUCCUUCACACUCGCCAAGUAGGUCGGCUCCCUCGGUGUUCGGAGCGGUCAACAGUUGCGCUUUUGAGGGCUUGUCUGUUCGCGCAAAUGUGGUAGAUGACGUCCAUUCAACGCGAUUCUAUCUGCAUGUGCAGCUGCUGGUAGCGCAUCUUAGUGAAGUUUGUGGAUUUCGCUUCGUGGGGCCUCCCGUUAUCUUAGGGUUGCAGACCCAUACAAUCGUGUCGUACAGCGUACGAUGGACGACAGCACAUGCAGACCGACCCAGCCAUGGUUCUGCUUCGGUGUGAAGGAGGCGUAGAAAGAGACCAUCUCGAAUUAGCAACUCGCAUUGCUGACCUUUGCUUGCAGUGUAAGCAACGGUUGCACCGGC